AUGGCUCCCCCCAGACCAACCCCCAGACCAGCCCCCAGACCAACUCCCAGACCGACACCCAGACCAACUCCCAGACCGACCCCCAGACCGACCCCCGCCCCUGACCCUGUGGUCCCAGCAAGACCCCGACCCGUCAUCACGCGGAAUCCAACCUGCUACAGACCAAACGGCACCUACUCGUGCACUGUUGAUGACAAUCACGGAAAGCGUAACGAUGGCCCGGCUGUUGCGAUUGCGUUUGCGGCCUUGUUUGGGCUUGUGGCGUUAAUUGUGGCGGCGGUCCAUUUUGCGCGGUGGAGGGCGAGACGACGGGCAUUGAAGGAGCGAUCUGUAAUGGAGGCAGAAGGAAAAUCUGUGGAUGAUCCUGAUGGUUUGGUCGCUGCUGCUUUUGGUGGUGUUGAGAUUCGAGGUAUUGAUGGUGUGGAUGGUGUGGAUGGUGGUGUUUCAGAGAUGGGGCAGGUUCAAGCCCAGUCAAUCGCACAGCCAUAUGGUACCCCUACUUACCCAAUGCCGAUCCCUAAUCCGUAUGUCGAUCCAGCCUCUCCCAAGCCUAAGGAGUACGUGGAUGAGAAAGCGGAGGCGGGAGGGUUGUCAUUUCUUCCGAUUUCCAGUCGGCCUGCGACUCCCGCUGAGGGAACUCCAACGCGGACUCAUUCGAGCCUAUCCCUGUCGAUGGCAUCCACUCUGCCUGCUGACCAGGAACAACAAUUGGAUUGCGCACUCGACCUGAUGCGUCGCCUGCCUCCUCAGAACACCGAGGAGAACCUGGCCUCGCUCAUGACCCUCCUCCCCGAUCUCCAUGAGGACCUUUUAUCAUCCAUCGACCAGCCCCUCAAGGUCCAGACCUGUGUAAAGUCAGGGAGGGAAUAUUUGCUCUGUGAUUAUAACCGGGAUAGUAACAGUUAUCGCUCGCCUUGGUCGAACGAGUUCAGUCCUCCUUUGGCUGAUGCUACCUACCCUUCAGCCAAGCUCCGCAAGCUCGAGAUUGCAGCGAAUGAUGCGUUCGACACCUACAGGGAGCUCUACUUUGAAGGAGGAGUUUCAUCGGCCUACUUUUGGGAUCUCGAGGACGGUGCCUUUGCCGGCGUUGUCCUCAUUAAAAAGAUUGGCGAUGGAAAGGGAAGGGCAAAGGGAGCAUGGGACAGCAUUCACAUUUUUGAGGCGCAGGAGAAGGCUCGCAAUGCUCACUACAAACUCACAUCGACCGUCAUGCUCUACAUGCUCAGCAGCAAGAACGAAUUGGGCGACAUGAACCUCUCAGGAAGCAUGACUCGCCAGGCAGAGAUGGAUGGAAUUGUUGAUGACCCAUCGAUGCACAUUGCCAACAUUGGCAGGAUGAUUGAGGAUAUGGAGACGAAAAUGCGCCAUUUGCUGAAGGACGUCUACUUCGGCAAGACGAAGGAUACUGUCAACGACCUGCGCUCAAUCGAGUCGUUGGCCAAGGUGCGAAAGCAGCAGGAGCUCCAGCGUGAGAUUGCAAGCAAGUUGCAGGCACGUCAGCAAUAG